AUGAGCAGAGCUCUUUUACGAGGGGCUGCAUGCCAGUCUUGCAGAAAUGAGGUACUGCGGUCUUUUGUAUCUGUCUCCGGUAUUCCAAUGCCGCGAUACUCUCCUCUUUCCCCAAGCACUCGAGCUUUCUCCGCUCUAACUUUGCGACGCUCCGAUCGCCCCCCAACCACGCAUCAGCUUGACAUUCAUCUGUCCGAGUCGGAAGAGCCAAAGUUGGAACCGGGAGCUAGUGAACCCGCCGGAUCACAACAUGUCCCCUGGUAUUUGCAGGAAGAGGCGCCACCAGUCAGGGACCGCUCAUUGAGCGAAGCCCACCUCCCUCAGAUCCCAGAAGACUCGCCAGAGAUGCUUUCGACCCUUUUGGAAUACACAUAUAAGGACUUGGGUCUAGAUGAACUCACGAUGUUUGAUCUUCGGGGUCUGGAAAUUCCUGCUGCUCUCGGUGCCAAUGUCAUCAUGAUCAUUGGAACUGCUCGUAGCGUGAAGCACUUGAACGUCUCUGCGGAUCGGCUUUGUCGCUGGCUGAGAAGUCAGUAUAAGCUGUCACCGUAUGCGGAUGGUUUAUUAGGACGCAACGAGUUGAAGAUUAAACUCCGACGCAAGGCCAAACGAGCGCGUGCCGCCAGUGCAGCAGGCACAACGGUUGACGAGAAGGAUGACGGAAUCACCACUGGGUGGAUCUGUGUGAAUGCGGGCGUGGUAGACAAAGGUGCUUCGACGACGCAGCUUAGUGAUGUUGGCAUUGAGGGAUUCGGUAACCUUGACCUCGGGACUAGCGUGGUUGUUCAGAUCUUUACUGAGGAAAAACGGGCUGAUGUUGAUCUGGAUGGACUCUGGGAAGCCACCUUGGCUCGAGAAGGGCGAAAGAAUACCCGAGAGGGCGAGAAAGGUGCUUCCAAGACUGCUUCUCCUCCCCGCUCUAUGUCCGAUGGAUUUGGGUCUUCCCCCGGCCAAAGGAGAGGCUUCCAUACCAUGCGGCGACUCGCACAUCCAGCAACGAGCUCCAUUGAAUCCAGAUUCGAGUCUAAGUUCGCUCGCAACGGAGCUUAUGCUCCAGCUCCAGCUGACGCGGCAGUCGUCGCAUCUCAAUUAACACCGACUUCCUUACUUCAGAUCCUCUCUGAACUCCCAGCUGAGAGUGCACGAAGUGAACUUGGAAGCGGUCCAGAUGAUCGGUUAUCUACUAUUUUCCUACGCCUCUUCUACAACAACAAGCACGCGGCCCGGUUCUCUGCCCAAGAAAAAGCUUCUUUUCGAUUGAAGCUAUUUUCGACUGCUGUGUCCAGGCAGCAUCCGGCUUACAGCAAGGAUGCGCUCUUUGGCGCAUUCACAGAUUUUCUUCGCGACGGGUAUGACCUUCCGGACGACCUUGGAUUCGAUGUUGUUUCUGCUCUUCUGACACCCAAACCAGUAGAGACCGUUACCGAGGAAUCCGCAUCUAAGCUCCUAGAUACUGACAUGGAGCUUGCUUUUUCUGUGCUUGAUCGAUUGAGUCUCCGCGGUGUUCCGAUCCUUAGCAUGAGAAUGUUUAACAUACUCUACCAAGCGGUCGGUGUUUCAAAUACAGCAUUUUCAGGUGAAUCGGACUCAAAGGGAACAGCUCAAAAGUCCUCUAUAGUCCAACAAAACGACUCACAAAAACAAGUUUUGUCUCGACUAUCUAAGAUUCUCUCGGCGGCCAAUGUUCCAUUUGUUGCAGAAGAGGCUCGUCAGCUUAUGGUGACACUGUUCCGAUGCGGCGACUACGAUGGAUUCUGGCGUCUGUGGCGCCAGUUCCCUUUGAAAGGUGUGAAUCGUACACAAGACGAUUACGUGAAGUUGUUCCAGUUACAUGCUGAGCUGGGCGAAGAACGGCGAGCCCGCGAGUGUAUUUCGACAGCGGUCUCUGUGAUGGAUCAGGAGUCUCCUGCUAUCGUGCUGCAAGGUCCGAUCAUCACCGCCGUUAUGCACUGUAUCUUGGUCGCAGAUCCGAACCUGCAGAAUCGAGAUGAAGAUGCCCCUCCGAGCUUCUAUCUGCCGCUCUGGAGUAAAUGUCAGGAGGCGCUUGCUCAUGAAAAUUGA